AUGUCCAUUCAAAACACCGCCUCUACAGGGGAAGUCAUCAAACAAUUCCACCCCCCUCCGGGAGCCGCCGGUAUCCAGCUGCGCGCGUGCCAGCAUGGAGCGGGGACUUGUAUUAAACCCCCCCUCAACAUAUCAAAACUACCAGUAGAGUAAUUGGAGAACUCAUUUCUUGCAAGUUUGCCGCUAAUCCUAGCAAAAUUGCCGUAUGAUUUAUCAUUAGUCUUUCAGUCCUUACAUUAUGAUUGCGCGGUAUUGUGCCCCGCGGGGCAAACAAGAAAAGUGCCUUGUGAAGAUAAUCUUUUCGAGAGGGUAAAUUCUGGACAUACUGGCAUCGUUCUCAAUUGUUUCUGUUUUUACAUGUAAUUAUGAUACCGGCACCCCCUCCUAACAGCAGAAUUGGUACGAUA